UCAAACAUAUACUAUAUAUUUUUGCGCCAACUUUUUUUGUAAACGUUGUCCAACGGUUUUUUACACACACACAAACAAACACACACACAUACAAGCAAGAUGUUGAAAAAAUUGAAAUGCAUGGAAGCUGUGGCCGCCGCCGCUGCCUCCAGUAAUAGCAACAGUAACAGCAACAGUAGCAGUAACAGCAACAGCACACGCAGCGUUCCAACAGCCACACAAAUAGCCGCCGCUGUCGGUCUGUCCACGGCCAACGUGAAGAUCAUCAAAACGGAGCCCAUCGACUUCGAGAUGCUGCAUCUGGAGGAGCAGGAGUUGCGGGAGCGGCGACAGCUGCGCGACGCAGAGGCUACAAGCAGCUCGAAUGUAGCACCACCUCAGCCUCAGCCCCAGGCGCCGCCGCCACAACAGCAGCGCUAUACGCAUGUGCAGGUUCAAACGGUGCCGCCCCGUCAACCCACAGGUCUGACCACACCAGGUGGCACUCAGAAGGUGAUCCUGACGCCACGUGUCGAGUAUGUGCAGCAGCGUGCGAGCUCGACAAGCACCGCCGCCGGUGCUGGCACCACCGUGGGCGCCAUCAAGCACAUCUACACCCAGCAUGUGGCUGGAUCCGGCAGUGCUUUGGCUCUCCGCACCCAGCCCGAGACGACGACCAUUCUGGCCAGCGGUGGUGCCCCACAAAUUAUCAUCACUCGUACGGUGCCGACGGUGGCGCAGUCGCAUUUGUCGCGUCGCCACUCGGCCAGUCCGUCGCACUAUCAGCGUCUGGUGAACAGUGUUGGUGGUGCAGCGGCAUCGCCGCCGCCACUGCAUCAUCAGGAGCAGCAGCUCCAGCAGCGUCCACAGCAGCAGCAGCAUCAUGUGCGGGUCAUACGCGAUGGUCGCUUGUACGAUGAGUCCGCCGCGUCCGGCAAUGCGAGCACUUCCGCUUCUUCGGUCGCCGCGUUGCGUCGCCAUUCCGUUUCGCCGCCGCCCCUGCACCACCAUUCGCGUUCCGCGCCCGUCUCUCCGGUCAUCGCCAGACGCUCCUACAUCGAGCCACCGCACUUGAAUGAAUCCCUAUCGUCACAUGUGCUCAUCAAGCAGUCGCCUUCCCCAGGACUCUCGCCCACUCACGUGCAAUAUCAGCAGCAGCAGCGUCAAACGCCGCCGCCAGCCGCUCCCUCAGCGCCACCUCCGCCGCCGCCAACCCAACCAACCUCACAGCAUCAGCAGCAAUUACAGCAAUUUGUUGGCAGCGCACCGCCCACGGCCGCUGCACGCAAAUAUGUUGUUACCACCACUACGCGCCACGUCAAUGUAAUUGCCUCGAACCACUUCCAGCAACAGCAACAGCAACAACAACAGCAGCAGCAGCAACAGCAUGUCAUUGCUAGUGCCACAUCCAGCUCUGCAGCGGCUAGCACCUCAACCGCAGCCGCAGCCACCUCUUCGCAUAUCUUUCGCACGCCCAUUGUCUCCAGCAGCAGCAGCAGUAAGCACCAGCAACAACAACAACAACAGCAGCAGUACAGCAGCAACGCCGUCAUGCGACCACCGCCACCGCCUCCACCACCCAAGAUCAAGCAUGCCACUAGCUCGUGUCUGGGAGGCAGCGGUAGCUCCAAUGGCAGUCACCACGUCAAUAGCGGCGAGGAGCCCUCCAGUUCCAUUCCAGAUUUAGAAUUUGAUGGGACCACCGUGCUGUGCCGAGUUUGUGGAGACAAGGCCUCUGGUUUUCAUUAUGGUGUGCAUUCCUGCGAGGGCUGCAAGGGCUUCUUCCGACGCUCCAUUCAGCAGAAGAUCCAAUAUCGCCCAUGCACCAAGAACCAGCAGUGCAGCAUUUUGCGCAUCAAUCGCAAUCGUUGCCAAUAUUGUCGCCUGAAAAAAUGUAUUGCCGUUGGCAUGAGUCGCGAUGCUGUGCGUUUUGGACGUGUGCCGAAACGGGAAAAGGCGCGCAUUUUGGCCGCCAUGCAGCAAAGUACACAGAAUCGGGGCCAGCAACGGGCCUUGGCCACGGAACUGGACGAUCAGCCCCGUCUGCUCGCCGCCGUGUUGCGCGCCCAUUUGGAGACGUGCGAGUUCACAAAGGAGAAGGUGUCGGCAAUGCGACAGCGAGCACGUGAAUGUCCCUCGUAUUCAAUGCCAACAUUGCUGGCCUGUCCUCUAAAUCCCGCGCCUGAGCUGCAAUCGGAGCAGGAGUUCUCACAGCGUUUCGCGCACGUCAUACGUGGCGUCAUCGACUUCGCUGGCAUGAUUCCCGGCUUCCAGUUGCUCACGCAGGACGACAAAUUCACGCUGUUGAAGGCGGGUCUCUUCGAUGCGCUCUUCGUGCGUCUGAUCUGCAUGUUUGACUCGUCCAUUAACUCGAUUAUUUGCCUGAAUGGCCAAGUAAUGCGUCGCGAUGCUAUCCAGAAUGGAGCCAAUGCCCGCUUCCUGGUCGACUCGACCUUCAAUUUUGCGGAGCGCAUGAACUCAAUGAAUCUGACAGAUGCUGAGAUUGGUCUCUUCUGCGCCAUUGUCUUGAUCACACCCGACCGUCCGGGUCUGCGCAACUUGGAGCUUAUUGAGAAAAUGUACAGUCGCCUCAAGGGCUGUCUGCAGUGCAUUGUGGCCCAGAAUCGUCCAGAUCAGCCAGAUUUCCUGUCCAAGCUGCUGGAAACAAUGCCUGAUCUGCGUACCCUGAGCACUCUUCACACCGAGAAGUUAGUGGUCUUUCGCACGGAGCACAAGGAGUUGUUGCGUCAGCAGAUGUGGUCCAUGGAGGACGGCGAGUCUAACGGUGCUGCGGGUGCAGGAGCUGUGAAGAGUCCUUCGCGCAGCUGGGAUGCCAUGGAUGUGGAGGCGGCGAAGAGCCCCUUGGGCUCCGUCUCGAGCACAGAGAGUGGAGAUUUAGAUUACAGUGCUCCAAGCAGCACUCAUCAUCAGGUUGGUCCCUCGGUGCCAACUCAUGCUGCUCCCUCAUCAUUGGCCUCUUCGGCUCCACUUUUGGCCGCCACCCUCUCCGGCGGCUGUCCAUUGAGAAAUCGGGCCAAUUCCGGAUCCUCCGGGGACUCUGGUGCUGCCGAUAUGGACAUAGUCGGCUCCCAUGCGCAUCUCACACAGAAUGGACUCACGAUCACGCCUAUUGUGCGCCACGCCCAUCAGCAGUCGCAUCAGCCGCAGCACCAGCAUCAUCAGCAUCCCCAGCUGCAUCAUCAUUUGACCUCCGGCGCCACUGCGGUGGCUCGCUACCGCAAGUUGGACUCGCCCACAGAUUCCGGCAUUGAGUCCGGUAAUGAGAAGAACGAGUGCGGAGGCAGCAAGCCCGUCAGUUCUGGCGGCAGUUCCUCCUGCUCGAGUCCGCGCUCCAGCGUCGAUGAUGCUUUGGACUGCAGUGAUGCCGCAGCGGUUGCUGCUUCAGCCGCUGCCGCCGCAGUUGCCGCCCAGGUGAGCGUUUCUGUGUCGCCUGUGCGCUCGCCACAGCCCUCCUCGGCCACAUCGGCCUCCAGCAGCGCGACUCUCAAGCGUCAGAUUGUGGAGGAUAUGCCUGUGCUGAAGCGCGUUCUACAGGCACCCCCGCUGUACGACACGAACUCGCUGAUGGACGAGGCCUAUAAGCCGCACAAGAAAUUCCGCGCAUUGCGCCAUCGCGAGUUCGAGACCGCGGAGGCGGACGCCAGCAGCUCCACCAGUGCUGCCAGCACCACCAGCAGCAGUAGCAGCACCACAAGCAUGCCUGCUGGCAGUCCGCGCGGUGGCUCUCACUUGAGCCACAGCCCACCACCCGCCGCCAUAAGCGUCGUUGUGCCACAAGCAGCGGCCACACCACCGCCCGCCCAAGUCGCUACACACCACAAUCACCACCAGCAGCACCACCAACAGCAACAACAGCAUCACCACCAAAGCCAACUGCACAUGCAUCUGACGCGCAACAGCAGCCAAACCACCCAGAGCUCCACCACAGGUGGCACCCUCUCCAGCACCCACUCCGUGCUCGCCAAGUCCCUAAUGGCCGAGCCACGCAUGACGCCCGAGCAAAUGAAACGCUCCGAUAUCAUUCAAAACUAUUUGAUGCGUGAGCCCUCAGCGGCUGCAGCCGCCAGCUCAACCACCGGCAGCCGUAGUCCGGCGCCGCUGCAGCAACAGUCGCACAUUUAUGCCGCCGCCUCUUCGCCGUCGUCGAGCAACUCCAAUUGCGCUUCACCCUCAACCACCAGCAGUGGCGGUGCUUGCGUAACGCUACCUUCGCCACCACCCCAGCAGCAACCACCGACGGUGGCUGGGCUACCCAACGGGCGCUGGGCCUCCUCAUCGGUGAUCACCACCACCUGCCAGCAGCGCCAGCAAUCAGUCUCGCCACACAGCAAUGGCUCCUCCUCAUCCUCCUCAUCGUCGUCCUCCUCCUCUUCAUCCUCAUCCUCCGCGACCGCAUCGACAACGUCCAGCGUCGCCUCCAGUUGUCAGUAUUUCCAAUCGCCGCACUCAACAUCCUCCUCCACCUCACCAGUAACACCGCCGCGUCCCUCGCCACCUCGUAUGCUCGAGCUUCAGGUGGACAUCGCCGACUCCCAGCAGCCGCUCAAUCUGUCCAAGAAAUCCCCGACGCCGCCGCCCAGCAAACUGCACGCUCUCGUCGCCGCUGCCAAUGCUGUGCAACAACAACAACAACAGCAGCAGCAACGCUACCCCACAGUGUCGGCUGAUGUGACUGUGACAGCAACCACCGCACCACCGGUGGCUUCCAGCACACCGCCGAGCAGCAGCAGUACGCCGCAGCCUCCCUCCGGGGGCGUGCCAGCGGUGCACAAAGUCAUGCUGGAGGCGUAAACCACCCCAGCAGUGGCGCCAACCACACAGCUAAGCAGAAUUCUUCAAAUGUUUAGUGCAAGAGCGAGACUGAAAUGAUUUAAGAAAUGUGGCAGAGAGGGGGAGAGGGUGCGUAAGAAACUUUCCUUAAAGAGCAACACACAAGAGAACUUAAGAAGUGGUCGCAACAAGGGGGCGUGACCAAGACAGCAGCAUUACAGGGCGGGAAAAACUACACAAAAGAAAAAAAUCUUCAAAAACAAAAAUAUAUAUAUAUUAUUUCAACAUUAAUUUAAUUUGCAACAAAAGAGCAGAGAAAAAUAUUAGAAGCAAAACAAAACAAAAAAAAAAACAAACCAAUUAAAUUAUUUUACAUUAAAAAUAAAACUUAAAAAAAAAAACAAAACAAAAAAACAUUGAGCAGUGUACAAAGUUUAAACAAAUGCAUGCAAUUUAAGCGUUUAAAGUAAAGAUUAUUAAUUUAAAGGCGA